AUGGGUUACGGUAGGUGGAGGAAGUGAGUAAUUUGCAUUUUUUUACAAAAAGUAGGGGUUAAAUGAGGUGUAUGGGUACUGUACCUUGAAGUAGGGGUACUGCAGCAUGAUAUAGGGCCAAAUGUAACAUGAGCUUCAUGUGCUGUAGCCUGAGGUAAGAGUAUUGUUUUGCCAGACCGGUCCAGAUGUGACUUUUUUUGGGUCCGGUCCAGUCCAAAAUAUUAUUUUUCAGACCGGUCCGGACAUACCCGACAAAACACUGAAUAGGGUUACUGUAACGUGCGGUAAGGGUGCUGAUCUCUUAAUUCUUUAUGCCUGAUACUAUCACUUUUACUUUUAAGCCUAGUUCUAUUAUCAUUUAUUCCUUUAUGCUCCGAGAUUUUAAUGCUUUAAGCCUGAUACUCUUUCUUGUACUUCUGUAAGCCUAAUACUAUCUCUUUCAUUCCAACUUUUUAAAACAUUCGAUGAAUGUGUUAAUCAAUUAUAUAAAAAUUGUUGUCAAGUGUUUAAUUUCACACAAGCAGAUGUUGUGUGUCACGUGCAUUCACGAGGCUCUUUGUCUACGUUGUAAACGUUAAUUUUUGGUAAAUUCGCGCCGGAAGCACGCUCUUUGACAUUCGAUUUUCUUGGAUCAAUUUCAAAGUUUCUUUUCGAUUUUUAAAAAAGAGAACAAACAGUUAGUUUAACUUGCAAAGGUACACAAUAAACUUCAUGAAAGCUUAUAAAUUGUCAUGAGGGAACUAACAAAGAGCAGUAAGCUUCUAUAUUCACGUAGCAAAGUUUAAAACUCAAAGAAAAGUUGCAGCAAUUUUCAAAAAUUCAAUUUCACUUCAAAACAACAAAAUUUUUCAAAUUUUUAAGCACUAUUUUACUCUUUCCAGAUGACAAUUGCAAGUCGGAUAAACUACGGGAGAUUAUACUCGAAACCGUCGGGCUUUACCCACAUCAAUACAGUUAUCAAGCCAAGUAAGUUGCAAAGGAAGCGUACCCACUAGCACCUGUAAAGGGGCCAUGCCAAGCUAUUUCUCGACCCGACCCGCAUAAUGAACGUUGGUCUGACUCCAGCUCUCUAGCCCAAAUGCGCAGGCCCGGCCUUUUCAAAUUUGCUUCAGCAGACCUGAAAAUGGGCCCCAAGCUGUGCCAAGGCUUAGCAAAAAGCAUAUUUUUGGCUAAAAUUUUCGUUUUUAGGCAUAUGAAACAAGUGGCCGAGCAGCGAUUCGGCAAUUGGUGGAGCGCUGUCAUUAUUAGUGAGCGUGGCGGCUACGGAAUGUCCGCUAUCUACGAUCAAUUUCAGAAUACCAGGUAAGGUAUUAUACCAAAAAUUAAACUACUCAUUAAAAAUCUAAAAAUCAGCCAAAAAUCUAAAAAUCAGUCAAAAUUCCCAAAAACAAGCCACCAAAUAGACCAAAAAUUUCAAAUUUACAUUUUCCCGUCAAUACAAAAACCUACGUUGCAUUGAGUUUCAAUGAGUUUAUCGACCAUUUUUAGGUCUAUAAUAAAUAAAAAUGUCAUUUCAAGCCAUUUCAACUCAUUUUAAAUAUAAACUUUUAAAUUUAUGUUUUCCCGCCAAAUCAGGCAACGUUUUGGCAUAGUGUUUCAAUACUAAUUUUUGACUUAUUUAACCAUAAACAGCUCUAGCAUAAACUCUUAAAUUACAAAAAUACCAUAAAAAGAUAUUUUGAAUGAUUCCCGCUCAAAAAAAUUCAAAUUUUCCUUUUACCGCCAAAUCAGGCAGCUUCUUGGCAUUGUGUUUUGACUUGUUAUUAUUGUAAAUACUGCUGUAAAUUGUCUUGUUGUAUCUUUUUUAAACCUAAUUUUUCGUAUUUUAGUUGUGAACUCAUGUUAUUUGACACAUUUUACUGGUUGGGAAGAACAUGCUGA